CUCAUGGUUAGCAGUCUUCCAGUCAUGACCUGUUGCUAAGAAAAAAUAACAACUAAUCUCAUUCUCAGGGGCAUCUUGAGUUCCUACGGCGUAUUCCAAGCCUACUACCAAGAACACAUGAAGGAUGUAUCCGCCGACUCAAUAGCCUGGAUCGGCUCCAUCCAGUCCUCCCUCCUUCUCUUCACGGGCGUCCUCGUCGGCCCCCUCUACGAUGCAGGCUACUUCCGUAGCCUCACCUUCACAGGCAUCACCCUCAUCUUUCUCGGCAUGACCAUGACGAGCAUUGCGACGGCGUACUGGCAGGUCCUCCUUGCGCAGGCAUUCUGCGUUGGCCUGGGCUCGGGUUGCAUCUACAUCCCCUCCGUCUCCAUCAUCCCGCAGUACUUUUCCGAGCGUCGCGCCUUCGCCACGGGCAUCGUCGCGACAGGCAGCUCCCUCGGCGGCGUCGUGUACCCCCUUAUCUUUCAGAGUCUGUACCCCCGUGUAGGCUUCCCCUGGGCGACGCGAGUCCUCGCCUUCAUCUCUCUCGCCACAAACGCCUUUGCCUUCACCGUCUUGCGGCAGCGCCGUCGCCGGGCCGAGUCCGAGUCUGAUGAUGAAGGCGCUGGGAAACGGAAGCGCCGUGUCAUGUUGGACCUCUCCGCGUACCGAAACGUCUCGUUCGUCGUCUUCUCCGCAGCAAUGUUCUUCAACUUCUUCUCGUACAUGGCACCCAUCUACUAUCUCCAACAAUACUCCCUCGCCCACGGGCUGUCAAGCGGGGGCCCUUCGAGACUGCCGUAUUACCUAGUCGCGAUCCUCAACGCGGGUUCAAUCCUCGGCAGAGUCUUCCCUGCUUGGCUCGCCGGUCACUUUGGACCCAUCAACGUUCUCCUUGGCGUCUCCGUCUCCAUCGCCGCUGUCGCGCUGAGCUGGCUGGCCGUGCAUGACGCCGCGGGCAGCGUUGCUUUUGCCCUCGCGUACGGGUUCGCCUCUGGUGGGCUCGUAUCACUGCCGCCUACCGUUAUCUCGAGUCUUGUGCCUGACCUCAGCUUACAUGGCACGUGGCUGGGUAUGCUAUGCACAACCAAUGCAUUUGGAUCAUUGGCCGGACCACCGAUAGCGGGAGCCUUACUUCGAGCUACCAGCGGUUACCUGGGUGUGCAGUUACUGUCAGGACUCGGUAUGGUGGCAAUGACGGUGUUGAUGUUGGUUCUGAGAGUGACGCUUUUAGGCAAACAGCAGUCGUGGAAAGUAUAAAGGAUUGUAUGAGGUCAGGCUCCCUUACAGUUUGGGGGGCAAGCCAAGAUCAUAAUAGUUUUCUUAGAAAAUGUUGACUGUGACGCCUUACAAAACGAGAAGAAUUCAGUAACCAAUGGUGCAUACUUGACACAGUGAUAACAUAC